CCCGCCCGCCGCCUUUUCCCCGCUGCCGCCGCCGCCGCCCGCCGGGCGCAUCCCAGCGGAGUCUGUCGGACCUCGGGGCGGCGGCGUUCGCCGCCGGCCAUGGCCGUGCCCGCCGCGCUGCUCAGCCCCCACCACCUCCUCUCCUUCUGCUUCCCCGCCGCCGGCGGGCUCCUGGGCUAUGCCGACCUGGAGAAGGGCUACGAGGGCGGCGGCGGCGACGCGGGGGACUUUAGAGAAGCCACCCGGGACCUGCUGAGCUUCAUCGACUCGGCUUCCAGCAACAUCAAGCUGGCGCUGGACCGGCCGGUGAAGUCCCGGCGGAAGGUGAACCAUAGGAAGUACCUGCAGAAGCAGAUCAAGCGCUGCACGGGCAUCAUCGCCGCCGCCGCCCCGCCGCCGCCCGCCGCCUGCCCGCCCGCCGCCUGCCCCGCCCGGCCCCCGCCGCGCCGGGAGCCCGCGCAGGCGGCGGGCAGCAGCCUCCAGAGCAAGAGCCUGGCCGCCCUCUUCGGCUCCCUGCAGCGGGGCCGGGGCGCGGCGGGCGGCGCCGAGGCCAAGGCGGGCGGCGGCGGCGCGGGCGGCGGGGAGAGGGCGGCGGGCGGCCCGCGGAAGGUGCCGCUGCGGGACCGCAACCUGCCGCCCUCCUUCUUCACGGAGCCCGCGCUGCCCGGCCCCGCCGCCCGCGGGCCGCCCGCCAAGGAGCCGGAGAAGGGCGGCGGGGGAGGCGGCGCGGAGGCCACCGAGUUCUUCGAGCUGCUGUGCCCCGAGUACGGCGCGCUCCUGCCCGAGCACGCCGCCCCGACCGACGCCUUCGGCGGCCGCCUGCCCGCCGAGCUCGGGCUGGAGCACGGGCUGUACGAGCUGCCGCUGCCCGCCGGGCCGCACCCGCUGCUGGGCGGGCUGCUGUACCCCGAGCCGCCCUGGAGCCCGGCCGCGCCCUGCAGCCCGCCCAGGAAGGCGCCGCCCGAGCCGCUGCGCCCCAUCUACCCCGGCGGCGCCGAGCCCGUGCCCGCCGGCGGCGGCGGCGGCGGCAGCGAGGAGCCCGGCGGGCACCUGCCCGCGGGGUUCGCCUCCUUCUUCCCCGAGUGCCCGCUGGCCCCGCCGCAGCCGCCCUACGACUACGGCGGCGGGUACCACCGCGGGGGCUACCCCGGGCUGUAGGGCGGCCGGGGCUCGGGGUCCGCCGGGACGGCGGGGAGCGGAGCCCGAGCCCCCGCGGGGGCGGGCGGACGCUGGGGCUCCGCACACUCCGCUGCAUGUGAGAGCCCCGCAGCCGAAACCGCGGCCACGGCCCCCGCAGGAUUCACCCUUGUGCACUGCCAGUCUCCUCCUCCUGCGGUUUGGGCGACGCUGCAAAUAAAAUGUGAAACUUUGGGUUUCUUCAGGUCUUUUUGUAGCGGCCGGUGCCCCCCUUUCAUCCUCCUUCCUUAGGGGCCAGGGCUUGGCUGGCUGUAGGCAGACGCGUUGCUGUACCUGUAGGCGACGUGGGGACAGGGGCUGAGCUCCUCAGAGGCCGCGGGGACCGCUCGUCAAUGAUUUCAGUCUAAAUCUAAAGCCGGUGUCAACACUUGAGGUGCGUUUAACAUUUUUCCCAGGCUCACGUUUGUCACAAGUGCUGGCGAGUGUUCAGCUGAGGACACAAAGGCAAGAAAGUGAAGCAAAAUUAAAAAUGCUGCUACCAAAACUCAGUGUCCUGAAAUUUUAACAGCGUCUUGCGGGAUCUUGCAAAACGGCAAUUUACAGCGAUUCGUAAAUUCAUUGAUGGUGUAAGUUCGGGACAAAAAUGUACUGUAGCCACUGCGGCCAUGUGAUUCCUACAGACUUUUGGAUUUCUUCCAGGAAUGUGUCAAAGCUCAGAAAGCGAUGCGGCUCCGUCUCAUUGUGUACAGGAGAUUAUUUGAUAAUCAUUUAAGUUAUGUAAAAGAGUCUAUGAUAGGUCCUAUAAAAAUAAAGCUACACAAUA